ACUCUUUUUGGGCUUCCCGAGCUUCUGUAGCAGAUCCCCCUGUCUCUUUCACCUUAGUUACAGCAUGGAUCCUUUCUUCAACUUUAUUUCGGUGUUAUAGUGUUAGUUUUUACUUGCCUUGGGAUUAAAAACGGUCUCCGUCUGGACUCCGUUCACUCACCUGGACACCAUGUUCACCACCACCGGGUCUCGGGGCCUGUACAAGGCUCCCCUGUCCAAAGGCCUCCUGCUGGUUCUCAGUGGGCUGACAGUGAUGCUCACCCUGCUGCCACAGUACCACGAGCUGUUUGUGUACAACCUGCAGGCUGUCGCACAGCAGCACCAGGUGUGGAGUUUGUUGUGUGGCAGGCUGGUCUAUCUGGACGUGAAGGACGCUUUCUGUAGCAGCCUGCUCAUUUACAACUUCCGGAUCUUUGAACGGAGGUUUGGCACCAGGAAGUUUGCCUCCUUCUUGUUGGGCACUUGGUGUCUCUCCGCACUGAUGGACUUCCUGCUGGCCCAGGCGUUCCAGUUUCUGUUUGACUAUGAGGUGGAGGAGCUGCCUGCUGGACUGCUCGCUCCAGUCUUCUCUCUGUUUGUGCCUUUCUACGGGUUGAUCCCCAAGGUGCCAGUUACCCAGGUCCUGGGCCAAAUCCACAUCACCAACAAGUCUCUGGUCUACAUCGUAGGCCUGCAGCUGUUGACUUCCAGUCCCUUCAUGUGGCUCCUUGCACUCAGUGGACUGAUCUCGGGUGCACUGUACCACUCCAAUGUCCUCUGGUUACAGAAGCUCCUCUUUGUACCUUCCUGGGUGUCUUUUAUUGGCCGGUAUGUUCUGGAGCCAAUCUUCUCAAGCUCCCGACCGAGCAGUGAGACGCCCCUGGGUAUGGGUGCCACUCUGGACAUCCAGAGGCAACAAAGGAUGGACAUACUGGACCAGCAGCUGCUGCUGGCCCAAUACAACGAGUCCACGAGGAUCAACAGACCACAGCCACAGUCUGGGUUGUUACAGUGGACCAGGUUUUUCCCCUCGCUGAGACAAAGAGGACAGAACCGCCCCCCAGUGGAACCCCGCCCCCAGGCUGAGGCGCAGCCAUCCACAGAGUCCCCUCGAUUGGACAACUCUCCUGUCGGAGAGGAGCAAGUUGCUCUGUUAGUGGAGAUGGGCUUUUCCAGGACCGACGCCCUUGAAGCCCUCAGAGUUUCAAACAACGACAUCAACAUGGCAACUAACUUCCUCUUGCAACACUGAUUUGGAGAGAGGGAGAGAGAGAGAGAGAGAGAGAGCUCAGAAAAACCGAACUGAAUGUGGACCGAGAGAGAAAACGGCAAGAGAAGCAACCGAGGCAGAGGAGCGAAAACAAAACGACGAGAAUGAGCGGCUGUGAACGAUGGACCAUUUUUUUGCGCAGAUGAUCUGAAGCCUGCGUCCCCGCUCGCUGAGGCCGUCGUCAGGCCGACUCGACCUGAACCGAGCUCGGCAGCAGCUGAUUAUUGAGGAGGCGUGAAGCACAAAGUGGAGGACAUGUGCGUCAUCGGGGGGGGGGGGGGGGGAGAGAAUAACCAACUUUCAAGUUGGUUAGUUCUUUCAAACAAGUGAUGCUGAAGCCCACAAAUCAGCUGCCGUCCAUCCCACCCUCUCCACACAGACUUCCAGUAGCAGCGCUCCAUAACCACUGUUGCGUCCUGGCGCUCUGCUUCCGUGUGACCAGCAUCGACGAGGCGACUUCUGUAAAUGACAUAAUCACAUUUACGGACGCGGGCGCCGACACACAUGCUCACAGCCGCCCUUCGAGGAGGAGGUCACGUUUCACAGCCCCCCCGACCGUCGUCGUUUCAACUCCUCGAGGUUUUAUUUAUUCCGUCUUCACCGAGUUCGAGUCUCUCUCUGCCAACGCACGACUGAAUCAUAGCGGAUGAUAUUUAAUAUGCAAUAUCAUGACAAAGACACUGUCUGGAGACUAUGCACUGCAUAGACACCACUUUGUGUAUAUAAACGUGCAAGAGAAGUAACAUUGCAGCCACUAUGUAUUGAUGUCACAGAUGCUAGUUUUAUAUUUUGUGCAUAAAAAUAUUGAUAAAAUAUGACCACUCAGAUGA